AUGCAUGACGAUGAGAAGCAGUUCUACGAUGAUAUUUCCUUUGCAAUUGUAAAGAAAGAAUAUGUUGAUAAUUUCAAUGAAUUCGAUGUUAAAAUGAUGGAAAUCAAGUCAUUAAGUGAUGUCUUUCAACUCUUUGGAUAUUCAAAAGAUGAUUUUGUGGAACAACAUGAUCAAAGUGCAAUUUUUACAACAAUUGAAAUGAAAUUCACGCAUUUAUUACAAGAUGUAGCAAUGAAAAGUCAAGAUUAUGAUCAAGGAAUUAUUUUACGUGAUCGAUUGAAACAAUUAAAGAAAGAAUUUCAUAUGAUGCAAGAAAUGUAUGAACGUCGACGACAAAAAGAUGAGAAACAACAAUUUCAACGUGGUGUUUUACUAUUAACUCAACGUCAUGAUGCAUUGUAUGCACGUCGAAUGGAUAGAAUUGAAGAUGAAAUUUUGAAACAUUCAAUUGAAAUGGAAAAGACUCAUCAAGUUCAAACGGAACAACUUGAAAUGUUUCUUCAAACAUUUCAAAAAUCUCAUGUGAAAGAUUCAAAAGAAUUGCUUGAGUUGAAAACAACGGAAAAGAAUUUAGCGAAAUUUCAAUUGUUUGAAGAAGCUCGAAAGGUUUCAAUUCGUGUGAAAAGAAUGGAAGAAGAAGAAAAAGAAAAGAAGAAAAUGCAAAUACAAUUGUUGAUAGAUACGAAACGUAUGUGUUUACGACAGAAACAAGAAGAUGAAGAAGCAGAAAUGAAAGGAAAAAUGAUUGACAAACGAUAUGUGGUGAAACGAAGGAAUGAGAAGCAACGACAGAUAGAAAAGCAACGAGUGAAAAAUUUAAAUUUUGACAUGCAACAAAGUCAUACGAUGGAUUUGUCUCGAAAACAUGAUGUUUCUGAACGUAAAUCGUAUCGUACAACGUCAAGUACAUAUCGAGGACAACAACUUUUGAGUACAGUGCGAGGUAAACGUCUUCAAGUUGCGAGUUUAUGUCGACUUCAUGAUUCGGAAGAUGGGAUCUUACCGUCUGGAUCGGUGAUUUACACUGAUUAG